AAUCCUUUCGGAACUUUCUGGCAUUUAGAUAGUCAGCAUCGAAAGAAAAAUAUAAACACAAUUCCGAAAGGACUUCAUGUGACGAACAAAAACAAAAAAGAUGGCAGAAGCAGUUCGAGACAGAAGUAGCAAAUCUAAAGUAAAAAAUAAAAAACAGAGGGAGAAAUCAGACUUUAAAGAAUUUAGUAAUGAAGUGGACUCUUCCAGUUCUCAGAAUGUUUCCUGCUAUGAGAAUGUCAAAGAUUUCGAACCAAAGGAAAUUCCCGUAGAGAGGCUCAAUGAAGGGAAAGAAGAGGUAAAAAUAGAGAUACUAGUAGAGACUCUGCCGGAACCACCAAAAACAGAUCCGGAACCUCCGGAUAAAGUGGAGAUUCCAGUUGAGCGGAAAUCCGGAAAUGUGCCGGAUGAAUGUAAUGGGACAAUGACCAGGGAAAGUUCUGAGCAGGAAAGUGAAUUAAAAUCUGAACAACUCAAAGGAAGGAUGGAAGAGCUUCCUGAAUCUAAGAAUAGAACAGAGAGUAAUGAAAGUGAAGGAAUGGAUCCGUCUGUGAACAGAAGUGAGAGCUUCCAUUCAGCUGUAUCCUCAUUAGAGAGUGGAGAUAAAAAUUUACUUGUUGAUGUAGAAAUAGACCAAAAGCAAGAGACAGAAGGAAAUUCAACACAGGAAACUUGUGAUGUAGAAAUAGAUCAACAGCAAGAAAUAGAUAGCAAUAUCACUCAAGAAACCUGUGAUUCUAAAGGUCACGUUGAAGCAACAAUAUCAAAAGGUUGCGUGACACUUGAAAAGGAGGAGAUUGGUAGUGAUAAACAGACAUAUUCUAAAGAGGAGGAAUCUAGAACAAGUGUACUUGAUGGAGAAUUUGAUCUGACACCAAAGGGUGAGGAACUGAAUAGAAAAGAAAAUGAAAGGACAGAAAAUGCAGCGUCUGCAAAGUUAGAAGAUGAGCAGACGGAUAUUGUGUCAAAUCAGACUUCUUCGGAAAAAUCUUCAGACCAGCUGUACCCAGUUUUGGAUAAGUUUAUGGAACAGGUUACCAUGAGUACAGGGAAACUGGAGGUCAUAUCAUGUUCUGUUGGAACCACUUCAAUCACUGCGACAGCCCCUGGUGUGGAACAUCCAAUGGAACGAAUGGAACGACCAAAACAACUAGGGCCUGUGGAAAAGGAGGCAUACCAUGACAGGAUUCAGCCAUUGACCAGAGAGCAGAUGAAGAGUUUGUACUACAACGCUCAGUUGGUUCACAAUCCAGCAUUUAUUGACAGAUUUAUACAGAGUGAACUUAAGCGUGAGAACCACGAGUUUUAUGAGAUACUCCUGAGUUAUCUCGGUGCGAGGCGACACUUUCUGAGCGCGGAGCAGGAGGUACAGGUCCUACAGGCAGACUACACACAGUACAAGGAGCAGAGCUGGGUCACCGUCAAACAGUCCAUGCUGGCCAAGGGUGUGUGUGGAGAUGGGGCAUCUUGUAAGACAACACACAUGUAUGAAUCGAUAGACUUUCAUGACGACACAUUUAGCAACUGUAAGAAGACCUUGACCUCAAUUCGACACAACAUUCAGAAUCAGCUGGCAUUGUAUUCAUACUCCUCACAGCUUGCCAGAUUGCAGGUAGAAUCGUACAUACAUGAUUUAUUUACAUCGUCACCUAUUCUCCGAGAUAUCCCCAGGAAUGCACCUGUACAAGCAUGCCAUCGUCACAGCCCUGACGUUCAGCACCAGAUCAAUCGACUGCGGGACUGUAUUACAGUUCUGUUUGUCUUUCAUCGCCAACCAAUCAAGGAUCAGGAAUUUGUUCAGAGCAUUAGAACAUGGACUCAAAGAUUGGUAUCUGCUUUAGUAAGGGUUGCAAGUUAUGAGGACCAUUUAUUUGUACUGAAUCACAUCUUACGCUGUCCAGCUGGGGUUGGAAAGUGGGGAAGCAGUUUAAUUCAGUUCCCAACAUUCCCUUCUCAUGGGAACCAAUCAAGUUUUGACAGUCCAGUUUUGGAUCACUUCUUAACAUGUCUUGCCACUGUCCUUAUGCCUAUCAAAGGCAGAGAUGAUUUUGUAGCAUUGAUGGGAAAAUGCACGACAUUGGAGGGUGGGAACCAGUCAAACAACUGGAUCAUGGUGGAUUCUGAUGGAGAAGAGGAUGAAGAUCCAAAGAAUGCUUGGUUAUACCUCCAUGAAAAUGAUGUAGUUGCCAUACUAAAUCAGCUACAGGUAGCAGAAGUGUUCAAGCAUAUCUUACUGAUGACUUCGAAUUCUGAUGGUAAGAAUAGUUUAAUGACUGUGCAGUAUGUGUCAGACCACUGUGAAAAUUUUUACGAAUUAAACAGGCGGAUUCUUUCGCCAGCUCAGCUCAGAAGACUGCAAGUGGAGUACAACUGCUUCUUCCAGAGAUGUUCUAACACUAUACUGUCUGCAGAAAAAUUGGGAUCUUGGCAGUUUAUGACAGACAUGCCGUACACCACUGUCUCCAAGGAAACCAUGUGGUUGCUGCUCUGGUCAAUGCAUCAAGGAAGAGGUCAGAAAAUCCUAACAGACUUACCGACAGAGGAAGAAUGCCGGAGACUUGUGGCAGACCCAGACAGUAAGCUACAGUUGGCUGAUGUUAUUAACCUCCUUCCCACCUCGGAGGUCAUCUUCCUGUUAACAGCUCUAGCCAACAUGGCGCAGUGUAGGAAAGCAGACGAAACAGAAUUCAUCGAGGCUGUGGCAUUUGGGUUAUUUGAGAUCUGCUAUGUAUGUAGCCAGACAAGAGAAGCCUGCUCCAAAGUCGGGAGGGACUUACUAGUGACUGUAGCCAACGCCCACCCAUUUAUUCUGUCUCUUCUCAUCCAGGGUACCAAAGAUAACAUGGCCAACAUUGGGCCUAUGGCCCUGUACCUUUUCCAAGCUCUGCCAUUUUACCAGUGGAUUCCCUGUGAGCCUGAUAUAAUUGUUUUAAAACAGUGGCUGAUGUCAUCUGAUCUCAACCAGCCCCAGAAUCAACUCACAAGACAUGUGCUUAGUCAGCUUAACUGGGGAGUGGAUCAAAAGACCAAGAGACUGUUUCUGCCAUAUGAAAUUCACAAACAAAUAGCUGUAUUGCUGACAGAGGCCUUUGGUAAAUUCAUCACUAACAAAAACAUGGGUUUCUACAUCACAGAAAGCUUUAAACAGCUUGCUUCAGCAAUGAAACAACAACAGACCAAUGAGCAAGUGUUUAAUAUGUGGGCAUGGAAUGUGGCCGUAAAGUUGCACCUUCAUCAGAGCAGCUUUCCAUCAGCUGACAUUGCAUUGGCUAAUAUCAGUGGAGGCGUGCCAGAGUUAGCCAAUGACAACUCACUUCUACCAAUCCUGAAAGGUCUGAAGGAGAAAAACGGCAUGGCUUGUUACAUGGCUUUGGUUAUAACUAAAUUUGGACAUAGUGAUGCUGAUUUCCUGAGUGAGGGAUUGGACCACCUGGUGGUGCUGGCUGAGAACUACCACUAUCUCCCCACCCUCCACGUCCUGAGAUACGUGGUGCCAUUGUUUGUCAACAAACCCCAGGCUCUCAUUCAAAAUGACAAGUUUCUUAAAGUAGUACAGUUGCUUCUCUCAGCUGACGAAUCAUUCAUGAAAUCUGCCAAAAGCCUCUGGUCACACGACUUUCCUGGGCCAGUCACAGAGAACUUUUCAAAUAUGAUCAUGAAUCAAGCCUCUGGUUCACAUGUAAAUAGAGUGGAUGCUUCAUAUCUGAUAAAGAUCUUAACCCUGUGGAUACAACUCUUGACAAAACAGUCCAAGUGGUAUCUUGAUAAAAAUACUUGCUAUGUCUUGGAUCGCAUAAUUGAGAUGGGCUUCAGUGUAGACAAUGUGAUGGUGGCUUUACAGUUAGCUUUCAAGGAGGCAUUUCAAGCCCACUAUAAGGAAAGUCAACAACAGGGGGGCGUGGCCUCUUUUGUCAGCUGGGUGUCCUCAGGUGUAAACUCUGUGACAGUUCUCUCCCUUACAGAGAAAAUGUCCUCUCCUCAUCAGUUUGGCUGGCUGUCCUACCUGAUCCUCGACAUUGAGAUGAGGACUGAAGAGGACUCCAAACUGUGGCCUUAUUUGAGGGCAGAGAUCGCUAAUGACCCCAAACAGGGUGUGGAUCAGGCAUUAAAGAAAUGUGUCAUGAAACUGAAGUUGGAGUAUGCCCCCAGUGUAAAUAGUCUGACCAUGUACCAGUGGUCCAAAUUAGCUGUCGCCCUGGAUAUGGACCACCCUUUAUUACUUCUUGUCUGGCAGAAAUUCUUCUUACUCUUUCUCGGCCGCCAGGUCUCACAAGUCACGAUGCAGCAGAGAGCUAGCAUUGGAGAAAAGUUCUUUGAGAGCUCAAGACAUUCUGGGGACCUGAAGAAAAUGAAGAAAAGAUUGGGAGAAACAGCUGAUUUCCACAUGAAAUAUUGCUCAGAUGAGUCACAAGACAACUCAACUGGUACAAAAUAUGUCCCUGAUAAAGAUUUUCAUCUGUCAUUGUCAAGUAUGUACCAGACUUUCCAGCUGUGGGUCCAGGAGCCGAUGUUACACGAUGCUAAGCUGUACCUCCCGGCCCUACCCCAGCAGUACCAGGCCGACCGCCUCCUGCAACUGUUCCAGAAUCAAAAGGAGCCCUGGAUGAAUUUUAUGGAUUUGCAGAGAAUAAAACAUGAAAUGAAAAUGUUGUCCAAAUCCUGGGAAGAUCAUUUAACUUCAACAGAAGGUCAGAGAAGAGGGGAGUUGUCUAGUAAGCCAAAUCUUACCGCAACAGAGAGAAUUCUUGGUAGGUUAAAGCACCAUGAGCCUGCGGUAGAUCUACCAGCUCUACAGCCUCUGAAAGCUCUCGUUCCUGAGAUUAGCACCACCAUUUUAGACGAGAAAUCGGCCACUCUACACUUGCUGAAAGCAGACCUUGUUAAUCUGAAAGAAUACGCAAAAUCUUUUCAUUUGCGGGUUUCAAAGCACGUGGCACUAGAUGAUGACUUCUGUCGACUUUAUCCUCAGCUGUAUUACAAUAAAUCUAAACAGGUCAAAGUUACAAUUAAAAAUAUCAACCCUCUUCACAAAUGUUCAAAUCCUGCUGUGGUCAACCUUGAUGUGCAAGAGAAAGCCUGUGAUGAAAUCAUACAGAGACAGACAGAUGAGAAUAGAGCCGAGUAUAAACAGCUGAUGAUUGAGGGGUUAUCUCCCCCUCCUCUCAGUGUCUGUAUCGCAGCUGUACAUGUGGAAAAUGGCAUCACCAUGUUGGUCAAGCUGGCCAGAAUGACCACAGAUGACCUGAGAGCUGCUUACUACACGGACCUAGCCUGUACGCUGUUCUUCCUCUUGGCUGAAAUGAUUAACGAUGACAUCGAGUUCUACCCUCCUACCAGACAGUUCUACACUGCCUGUAUUGACAUGCUGGGCAAGGAGUUCAUUGAGAAAGAUCCCUCCCAGACUGAGAUAGUUCUACAGUUUUCUCUGAAUUCCCCCGCCAUGUCAGGUCUGAUGUCGCCUCACUUUGUCCCCAUCAACAACCCCCACACCUACGUCACCAUGUACGAGCGACUCGUUCAAAUACUGCAGCAGCAGAAUCCAGACCUCGUCUUCAUGCUUCUCACAAAGUUUGAGAUUGCCCAGUGGCUACAGACAAGGUCUCCAGCUCCCAUUGAAGUCAAGAGAUUCGUAGACAUUCUGGCCUCAGGACUCUACAGCUGUGGGGUGGAUCCAGAUACUAAACAUGGCAUGGUAUUUGAGAUAUAUUGCAAGCAUCUUAGGGCAGUCCUGAGACAUAAUUUCCCACAAAAUCUGAAUUAUGUUCUGAACAUAAUCCUUACAGGUACAGCAAAACAACAGAUACAUCCAAAAUGCUGGCAGAUUUUACAGGAGUACUGUUUUUAUGGUAGUGGGACUGAUGUCUCCUCCAGACGGACUGAUGUUGGCUCUGACAUGUCUACAGAACAGACGAAGCAUUGCCUAUCGACUAUCGGCUGUUUCUUCCUCCAGUUGCGGACUUCUUCCUCCGAGUUCGGAUCAUUUGGCCUUUAUCCCAGCACCACCCUGUACGUGUCACACAUCACUCAGCUGAUACAGGAUCUGAUGAUCUGCUUCAUAAACAAAGUCCUGCCCACUCUUCAGGAGACCAACCCAGCUCAGGUUUUAGAUGUAAUAUGGCAGACACACAUCAUGGCAUUCGCUGCCUGGAUUCAGCCAUUAGAAACGGAGACUUCCCCUCUGUUGCCAUGGAUACAAGCUGAUAGUGAGGCUGGGAAGAAAAUGGUGGAAGCCUUUGUUUUUGUUACUCAGUACCUUCAUCAGGCAUUCAUUAAUAUAAUACCACCAUACCAGUCCAAUCCCCUGAUAAGGGUGUGGCUGUAUUUCUGUGACGUGUUAUGUGGUAAACAAGUCCCAGCACAUGUGACCAAUGUAUACAACCAAGAGUUCUCAGAACUGCCGUGGGAAACUCUUAAACCAAACACUCAGGUCCUGGACUCAAUGAUGCAGCUGAAGGACCAGAACUGCCCUGAGAGUUUUGACCUUUUGGCCUCUGUCGUGUGUCGCCUGGACUGGACAGAGAUAUUGUCUUUCUACAGUCAGUGUUACGGAGGGCAGGGAACCAGUCGAGUCCUGGCCUGUGUUCUCCUUCUGCUGGUACAGUGUUACGGGGACCAGAAACAUGUUGAGAUUCCAGACUUAGCUCAGAAGACUCUCACAGCGGAGACUUUUGAUUGGUCAACUUUGACCUCUGACCACUACAGACAUGCCAGUAAUUGGUUCUUACAGACAUGUGAUCCCCGAUGUGUUUUAGCAGAGAGGUCUGCCUCUUCUGCACUGGGUUUAAGGUUGUUGAAGGCAGCAUCGGGGUUCAAUGUUCAGUCAUCCAUGACUUGGACCUCUGACCUUUCAGUUAAGCGUCAGUGUUACGUACACAGCGUGGUUCAGCUGAUGUGUCAGUGUACGUUUGAAGUAGAUGUCAACCUGGACACCAUUUCUAUGAUUCUUAUGAAUCUGUUGACAGAGGUGGAAACAGUCACCAGUGCAAUAACGGACAUUCGACUACAGGAAGAAGAGAGUCUGGACUUGGUGAAGGAGAUAUUUGCCCUUCUGAAUAACUGUAAUCCCGAAAAUAAUUCUGUGUCUGUUGUCAUGACAACCAUCAUCCAAUGGCUGCAGUCCUCGCCGCGGAGCAUUCUUCUGAUGCCAUGUGUGAGGGUGGCCUCAAGGUGUCUGGCUUCUCACAAACAUAUUGUCAUCAUCGUAGAGGAGUGCAUACAUGUGUAUUUUAAAGGAGGCCUGGAUCAAAUACCAGGAGGGGGUUGGGACCACGUUUUAGCGGCCAUGCAGAUCCCUGAUCUCAAUAUUGAGGAUUUCCUGAGAACUGCUCUAGAGGAGGGGACACAUUUACUACUGUUCGGAUACAUUGUACAGAAGCUUCCUCUGUGCCAGCAGUUAACAGAUGAACAAGUUCUGAUUGGUCAGCUCCUGAACUGGAUCACUCAGGCCAAACCAGUCCAGGAAAAUGAAAGCAAGUUACUCUUGCUGUGGUUUAAGACUCUGGAGCUAAUACUGAGACAGUUGGACUAUGGAUGUAGUCACACUACGAUAAUCAAAAUGUUGUCUUCCCUGGUGACCUCUCUGCACUUAUUUGGUGAAGACAGGGCAAGCAGUGGCUUGCUUGGUGCUAUAGGACUUGGAAAACGUUCCAGUCUCUCUCCUGUAUUUCGUGUAUCAUGUCGAGCCUUGGCAGCCAUGAUAACUCUACAGGUCUAUGAUGAAAUGAGACUUCGUUUGCAAGCAGGACAGUCAUUGGCUAACAAUGGAGCAACUAAACAGGAAGUGGGAGCUCUUCUGUCUAUGAAGACAAAUAAAGCAUACCAGUCCUAUAAGAAUGAAAUUGAAAUAUUGUGUGAUUUGGUUCAGAACGAAAACUAUGGAUUACGACAGACAUUAAAUUUAAUCCACCAAUUAUCUCAGAUGUUUUACAGAGAAAAGGAAUAUUUAUCUGUAAUACAUACAUUUGACAAGUAAAUAUUUGUAAAUAUUUUUCACCUCAAAGUCUUUAUUUUUUUUUGUUUUUCUUAUAUUUCAUUUAGUUUGAUGUUCUUUUGCUUAUGUUUAUGAUAUAUAGCAUAAUGACUAGUAUAAGGACCAUUGUAUAAUGUGAUUAUUAUGAUAUAUGGCUAAUAUGUAAUUUAAAUUUGUAAUUCAAAAUAAAAAUGUGAUAUUGAAGCAUUAAUUAUCAGUAUGGUGAUAUCAGUUGCAAAUGAAGAUUAAAUGGCAGGGUUGUUAUUAUUAUUUUUUUGUAUGUAUGUGCAUUUAAUUUUACAUAUAUUUAAGAAAUGGGAGACAAAAGAUUUUGUUCAGUUAAGAAGAAAAUACAAACUAAUAUCUUGAUUUAUGAGCUGCAUUUGGACAAUUUACUUAAAAAAUAUAAAGUUUAAAGGAACUUUAAAAAAAUAUUAAUGUAUAAGUAAAUGUGGGUAAUCUUGCCUUUGUCAGAGUGUUAACUUU